AUGCAAGCCGAAGUCGAAGAAGGCGGCCUGCCGAAGACACCAGACAAGAUUCCGUCCUGCUGGAAAAUGUUCUGCGAUUUCACCAUAGGCGGCGGCUUGCUAUCUGUUGGAAGCCUGGUUCCUGCAGUGCUGGCUGUGAACUUGGCCAAAAACCAUUGGGAUGACGAGUGUGAUACUAUGGUGUCCUUACGCUCCUGGCUGAUGGCCGAUGGGAUCAUCGUGAUGGUCAUGAGUAUACCUGGACUUUACUCUUUAGUCUGCUGCGGGCAGGCGCAGGGCCUGAACAAGUGUCUGUGGCUGCCGGCCUUGGCGCUUAUGGUCUGGGGUGCGGUGACUUACUACCACCCUGAUGUGCCGACAACAUCAACGACUACGACAACAACAAGCACAACAACAACCACGACCACUGGAACAGGCAUCACUCCUAUCGUGCUCCUACCAUGCGAAGAAUUAAGGAUAAAAGUAGGCGUCAUUCUCUUGACCCAGUGCGUGAUGCCCGUCGCACUUUGCAACUAUGUGGUUGGUGUCCUUGGUGGUGCCGGGCUGGUUUCUGGCUUGCUCACCAUUCCAGCUGCCGUUGCCCUGUGCUCCGCUCUGGCUGAGUGGGAUGCCGAGUGUCGGCAACCGCUCGUGACGUGGCUCUUCAUUCACGGCUUGAUCCUUUCGUUGGUGCCAGGCUUCUUCAUGCUAUGCCUCGGCAUGGAUUCAGAGGUUGUGGCAUAUGCUCGCCUCAGACAAAAAGCCCGCGCAGAACAAUCAGAGUACCCGGUGGACGUUGCUAAAGAGGAGACCCUCGGGGCAUGUGCUCACCACGUGAACACGUGCCUGGUGCUGCCGACGCUUGUUCUUUUGAUCGUGGGCGCCUACAUGUUCGCCCACACUACUAACAGUAAUUGCAAUCCAGAUGUCCGGUGGUGGGCGCGACUGACACUCAUUCUGACUGCCCUGGCACCAGUGUUGGGCAGCUGCUGCGUCGAGUGCUGCGAUACCAGAAGCAGCGGCAUUCCUGGUGCUUGUUGGGAUCCUCCCCCAGUGCGGGCUGAUGACUUGACACUGUCUGAGGUGCAGCUGGAGAGUAGGUCCUAG